CCCUAAACUGAUAGCCAUACUAACCGGAAAAUUGAAUAAAACUGUAGAACUGAUAGGCAUACUAACCGGAAAAAGUUGCGGUGCAGGAGGUAGGUCAGCGGUCUUCGUUUGCUAUCGAUGGGAAGAGGGGGUUCUGUGCAGGGUCUUCGUUUGCUAUCGAUGGGAAGAGGGUCUUCGUUUGCAAUCGACGAAGAGAUGCUUGCUCUCGUCGUCCCCUGCUUGUCGCCUUCAUUGUCGUCGUCGAAAUCCGGCUCGCCGAAGUCAAAGAGAUGCUGCAAUCGACAAGCUUCUUCUUCUCGUCGUCACCCACUGCUCGCCGCCUUCACUGUCGUUGUCAGAAUCUGGCUCGCUAGCUGCGUGGAGAGGAUCGAAGGAAGAAUGGAUGUCGGCGGUGAGAAGAGGUGAGAAGAAGGUUCAUAUCUGCUUGGUGAUAAGAGAAUUCCUAAAAAAAUUUCAGACAACCG